CUUUUCCAGGUUGCUGAUGCACAUGCAGUGGUUAAUAAACAGCUGCAAUGCUGCUGCUGCUGUUGACACCACAUUGCUGUGUGGUCUUCAGAUUCCUGAGCCUUGACCUGGCAUCUGCCACCUCCUCUGCUGGCUGCAUGAUGUCCCUGGAGCCACUCAUCACAAGCCCUUGCCAGGACUGCACUGUGACCUUUGACAUGAGUGGCUCUGCCUUUGAAAACUUCCCGGGACAAGUGUGCGCAUGCGUGUCUGUGCACUUGUGCAGUUCUUCACUGUUACUACUGGCUUCUCCUUCUCUGGGCUAAGCUCGCUGUUAUGCCCACAGCGGCCGGGGCGCUUUGUUACCUACUGCCAGGGGAUGGCAAGUUUCUGUUGGGGAGCCCCUGAGGGGUUUCCUGGGUACUGAGAGGUGUUCUGGCUGAUCUGUGGCUUAGCGAGAUCUUGUUGGCGAGUAGGUCAGGUUCUGUGUGGAGCCGGCAGCAGGAGGCAGAAGCAGGUCACCGGGGAAAAUGCCAACAGCAGUGGCGGUGGCAGUGGCAGCCAUCCCGAGGCUUGGAGGGGCCUCUAUCGCGACACCCACCCUCAUGUGGCUGUCUCGUGCUGGCUUCAGAGCGGGAACACACGGAGCCCAGACCGGAGGUGGGGUCGGCUGCAGACUGGCCCUGGGUUGUGUUUUUCCAGAGGGAAGGGAAUGGGCUAUCAUGUCCUUGCUCCCCAGGAGUUUCUGGCCAGUGGCCUGAAAUCACAGGACUUUGUUCAGGACACAUAUCGUGAGGGAAGGAGGGAGGCCUUCCCACUUCUUCCCUAGCCCUGGACCCACCGCAUGCUUGUUCAGGAAUUCAGGCCUGAUCGGCCCUGCGUUAGAGAAGUAGGUGAGGGGUGGGGCUGGCCAGGGCACAGACAGGAGGCCGGGGAUGUAAGCGGGCAUCUGGGACUCGGUAUCUGGAACCCAGUAACCGGCUUAGCGCCUCACGUGGCAGGAGGAUUAGGAGGUGCCUUCUUCAUCCCCUACCUCAUUUUCCUCUUUACCUGCGGCAUUCCUGUCUUCCUCUUGGAGACAGCACUGGGCCAGUACACUAGCCAGGGUGGCGUCACAGCCUGGAGGAAGAUCUGUCCCAUCUUUGAGGGCAUCGGCUAUGCCUCCCAGAUGAUCGUUGUCCUUCUCAACGUCUACUACAUCAUUGUGCUGGCCUGGGCCCUCUUCUACCUCUUCAGCAGCUUCACUCUCGACCUGCCCUGGGGAAGCUGCCACCACGAGUGGAAUACAGAGCACUGCGUGGAGUUCCAGAAGACAAAUGGCUCCCUGAACGUCACGUCUGAGAACGCCACCUCCCCCGUCAUCGAGUUCUGGGAGAGGAGGGUCCUGAAGAUCUCAGAUGGCAUCCAGCACCUGGGCGCCCUGCGCUGGGAGCUGGUCCUGUGCCUCCUGCUCGCCUGGGUCAUCUGUUACUUCUGCAUCUGGAAGGGCGUCAAGUCCACGGGCAAGGUGGUGUACUUCACAGCCACGUUCCCAUACCUCAUGCUGGUGGUCCUGCUAAUUCGCGGGGUGACGCUGCCUGGAGCGGCCCAAGGAAUUCAGUUUUACCUGUACCCAAACCUCACUCGCCUGUGGGAUCCCCAGGUGUGGAUGGACGCGGGCACCCAGAUCUUCUUCUCCUUCGCCAUCUGUCUGGGCUGCCUGACGGCCCUGGGCAGCUACAACAAGUACCACAACAACUGCUACCGAGACUGCCUGGCCCUCUGCCUCCUCAACAGCGGCACCAGCUUCGUGGCCGGCUUUGCCAUCUUCUCCAUCCUGGGCUUCAUGUCCCAGGAACAGGGGGUGCCCAUUUCCGAGGUGGCCGAGUCAGGGCCUGGCCUGGCUUUCAUCGCCUACCCGCGGGCGGUGGUGAUGCUGCCCUUCUCCCCUCUCUGGGCCUGCUGCUUCUUCUUCAUGGUCGUUCUCCUGGGACUGGAUAGCCAGUUUGUGUGUGUAGAAAGCCUGGUGACGGCGCUGGUGGACAUGUACCCCGGCCUGUUCCGCAAGAAAAACCGCAGGGAGUUCCUCAUCCUGGCCGUGUCUGUUGCCUCCUUCCUGGUGGGCCUGGUGAUGCUCACAGAGGGCGGCAUGUACGUCUUCCAGCUGUUUGACUACUACGCAGCCAGCGGCAUGUGCCUGCUCUUUGUGGCGAUCUUUGAGUCCUUCUGUGUGGCUUGGGUUUACGGAGCCAGGCGCUUCUACGACAACAUCGAGGACAUGAUUGGAUACCGGCCGUGGCCCCUCAUCAAGUACUGCUGGCUCUUCUUCACCCCGGCUGUGUGCACGGGCACCUUCCUCUUCUCCUUGGUCAAGUACACGCCCCUGACCUACAACAAGAAGUACACGUACCCCUGGUGGGGCGACGCCCUGGGCUGGCUCCUGGCUCUGUCCUCCAUGGUCUGCAUCCCCGCCUGGGGCCUCUACAAACUCAGCACCCUCAAGGGCCCCCUCCGAGAGAGACUCCGCCAGCUUGUGUGCCCAGCUGAGGACCUGCCCCAGAGGAGCCCAGCGGGACCCCCUGCUCCUGCCACACCCAGGACAUCCCUUCUCAGAGUCACAGAGCUGGAGUCUCACUGCUAGGGCCAGGCCCUCGGAGGGUGCCUGCCGGCCUGGCUGCGGGAACAGCUGAGGGGGUGUGCUUGCGUGAGCAGAAGCAGCCCCCCCCUCCCCCACAUGGGGUGGAUAAGACACAAGGGGCUGUUCUGGAGCUGGCCCUGUCGGCUGGAAGCUCCCUGGCCUGGGAGUGGCAGGGACAGACAAGGAAAUGCUAGUGUCAGGAGCAUCCCUUUGGCGGGGCCAGGAGGCUGGGCGAGGGCUGCAGGGGAGGCAGUGUGUGUGUGUGUGGCUGGCCUCUGGGCCCUUCUGCCUGUCGUUCCAUUAAAUCCAAGUCCUUCCUGCG